AUGGAGGAGAAGAGAAGCCAUCUCUGUUUUUUCCUCUAUCUGAGCUACCUGGUGUUGACUGGUUGGAGCUUUAAUAUUGAUGUAGCUGAAACUAAUACCUUCACAUCGGGUAAGCAGGACGAUUUCUUUGGAUAUAGCGCUCGGCAGUACCCUUCAGAAAGGGGCAACAGGAUUCUUGUCAGUGCUCCCCUACAUAACAAUGGACUGGGAACUGUGUACUCCUGUCAGCAUCCUGGAAAACAGUGCAAUGUAGUGUAUUCACAAGUAAACGACUCCAUCAAGUCUUUUGGGAUAUCAAUGGCAAUCAACCCCAGGCCUCCCGCAGCUUUCACAUCCUGUAGUCCAGCUGUUGUCCAUGAAUGCCAGGGUUAUUCAUACCUGAACGGAGAGUGCUACAGUUUUACUCAGUUAGAGCAACAGAGCACGACAAAGGCGGCUUAUCAGGAGUGCACAAAGAAGAACGUGAAUCUAAUCUUCCUCUUUGACGGGUCGCGCAGUAUGACAACGGCAGAGUUCAACAAGAACAAAGAAUUUAUCAUUUCAAUUAUGAAUUCAUUCUCAAAUUCAUCAAUCCAGUUUGCAGCUGUGCAGUUUUCAACAACUUACAGAAAGGUUUUUGACUUCAGAGACUACCAAGAGAAGACAGCUGUGGAGAAGCUGAUGAAAGAGAAGCACUUUAAUGAGCUUACCAACACCUAUAAAGCCAUCAAAUACACCCUAGAUGAUCUCUUUGACAAUUUGAAGGCAGGGGCUGACCCAGAGGCUCAGAAAGCCCUUGUUAUAAUCACAGAUGGAAACCCAUCAGACCCUGACCCAAGAGGUGCGAUUAUCCGUAGAUGUAAAGAAAACAACAUACUUCGAUUCAUCAUUGGGGUUGGGAAAGUUGAGAUGGACAAACUGAGAAGAAUGGCCUCAGAGCCUGAACACAAUAACACUUUCCAUAUUUCUGACUAUGGUGGACUCAACGGGCUGUUAGGCAACCUGCAAAACAAAAUCUACAACAUCGAAGCACAGGGAGGUCACAGUGAGAAGCGAAGAAAGGAGCUCUCCCAGAGUGGAUUCAGUGUUGUGUACCAAGAGGAUUCAUUGAUUUUAGGAGCAGUUGGAAUGAAUGACUGGCAGGGAGGCCUGUUUGAGAUUCUGGGAUCAGGAAAUGAAGAGAUAGAGCUAAAGGAUCCCAGACUGCAUCAGGAUUCAUACAUGGGGUACUCUGUUGCUGUUGGGAGGAAAUCUGGACAUGCUCUCCUGUUCUCUGGGGCUCCGAGAUCCAACCACACUGGGGAGAUGGUUGUCUUUAAGAAGACUCAUAGUAACUGGACGGUGAUUGAUAAUCUGAUGGGGGAACAGAUUGGCUCAUACUUCGGAGCGGAUUUAUGCUCGAUUGACAUCGACUCCGAUGGCACCACAGACUUCCUGAUCGUGGGCGCUCCACUCUACCACCAAUCCCAGCCCCAAAGAGAGGGCAAGAUAUACGUCUACUCCCUCCAUAACUCCUUGAGUUUGGUAAAGGUGCAGGAGGUGAUGGAAUCCGUCCGGGGAAGGUUUGGCUGGGUGUUGGCAUCGGUGCGGGACCUGAAUGGAGAUGCACUGAGAGACGUGGUUGUGAGUGCUCCUCUGGAAGACCAGUCCAGGGGUGUGGUCUACAUAUACCUUGGAGACAAAGCCAAAGGCAUCCGAUCAAAAUACAGCCAGCGAAUCACAGGAGAGGAGAUAUCCAACGGGCUCCAGCAGUUUGGGGUAGCAUUGGACGGACAGAUGGACAUGAAUGGGGAUAAUUUAACGGACAUACUCGUGGGGGCGCGAGGGAAGGCAGUGUUACUGAGGUCGAUGCCGGUGAUUAACGUGUCCGCCCAGCUCAGCUUCACACCGGCUGCGAUCAGCACGCAGGCGAUAGACUGCCUUGGACUGGAGAAAAGGAUGUUUAUCGCUGUAACCUUGACUGCAUGUUUCCACAUGGCAGAGAGCACCAUGAGCACACAAGGUGCCGCAGUCACGGGACUGAAUGUGUCUUACCUGUUACACCUGGAUGCAGUUCGUCCACGGAGCCGUGUCUACCUUGACGAGGAUGGAAAGAUCCAGAACGAGACCUUUAAUGUGAAUCUGAUGGACUCCACGAGCUGCUUCAACCACAGUGUGUACAUGCCUAACUGUGUGGAGGACACGCUGUCUGCCCUCAGGAUGAAACUAAACUUCUCUCAGAUGGAAAGCAAAAGAGUUAAUGCUGUAUUGAACACAGACAGCGUGACCGUCACAUAUGUGGAGGUUCCAUUUGAAAAAUCCUGUCAGAGGAACGAGAGCUGUGUGGCAGAUCUGAAGCUGGAUUUUGAAUUCAUUAACAAAACAUUAGUGGUUCUGGACCAGUCUUCUUUUCUGGUUAAUCUGGAGUUGUCCAACGUAGGAGAUGAUUCAUACAAUACCACAGUUGUUUUAUACUACCCUCAUGGACUUUCUCUCUCCAAAUUUGAAGCUAUUGAGGCAAACAGAAGGACGUUGAGUAGGUGUGGAGAACAGGAAGGGGUAGUGGACAGGACCACGUGUAGCAUCAGCUCUCCUGUGUACCGUAGCCAAACCAGGGCAAAAUUUCAGAGUUUGUUUCGUAUUAGCAGUGACUACGACUGGUCAGACACCAUGGAGAUGAUCAUCACUGCCAACAGUGAUAACAUGAUAAACUCGACCGGUGCGACUCUCUCUAAGUCUCUGCCUGUGCAGUAUGCCAUAGACCUAGACUUUAUGCUCGACUACGACCAAUCAGACACCUACAUUAAUUGCACUUUGGAAGACAGAGGACCCAAACUAGUGAAGAGCAUUUAUGAGGUGAGAAACAAUGGGUAUAAAGCUUUCCCAGUGCAAGUCCAUUUCACCGUUCAGACUAAAUCUGGAAAACAUGUGGAGAUAAGAGACCACUCUGUCUCUGUGUCUGAGAAUAUAACACAGUGUAAAGUUGUGGAACCGACCAGAGUGGGACGUGCCUGUGGAGAGAUGGAAAACUGUAUGUUUAUAGAGUGUGAUGAGUUUGUUCUUCAGUCUUCACCUAUAAGAUUUGUCCUGUCACAAAGUGUCACACUCCACAGUACAGAGGAGUAUGAAGGGGGACUGCAGUUCUUUGAGAAAAGUAUCGACAUGCAGUUUGCGAGUUCUGCAGACUUAUCGUACAAUCGGACACGGUACAGAGAGAUGACCACUGACCGCCCUGGUAAAGAAGAAUCCGCAAAGUCUCACAGUGUGAAGACGCCUGUUAAAGUGGAGCUCAUUUUCCCGCCUAAUAAACUGUUAAUCGUAAUGUGUGGAGCAAGUGGAGGCCUCCUGCUCUUAAUGAUUCUCAUAGUGAUAUUUUAUAAGUGUGGAUUCUUUAAGCGUAAAGGCCCAUACUGUGAUCUGGAGGAACAAUCAGGGGUCCCUGUCUCACAGACAGAAGACCCUCCGGCACAAAAAGAAAAGGUAUCUCUCUCCCAGGAUGACGAGGUGGAGGAUAAACUCCUCCCUAAGGGUGACGCGGUGGAGGACACACUCCUCCAUCAGGAAAAUGGGGUGAAUGACGGGCCCCUACACUAGGCUCACAGGCAUGUUGCUUUGUAUAAUGCCACAGUAAUGACAAUCCUAACAGACAGACUGAUCUGUGAUCUGUCAGUAGUCCCAUAACUUCUGUAUAAUAACAUUAUAAUAGUACUGAGUUAUAGGUCUGCAUCUCCCCACAGCGGGUUUAUAAUGACCUUUAGGUCAAAACCACACAUUAAGAGCAAAUGAGACAUCAGCAAUGUGUGUCCCAGAACAGACCACUUUAAGGUUUCUGUGGAAAUCUGUGUGAUCAACAU